UUAAAAAUCAUGACUAGGUUCAUUGUUGCAGGUUCUCUAUGACAUAGGUGUUGUGUCAACAAAGGAACCAUUUAAGUGUGUCAUAAAUCAGGGCAUCAUCCUUGGUGAAGUUCAAUAUACAACAUGCAAAGAUGACAAAGGAAACUUGAUAUCAGCAGACUCUGCCUAUGAGCAGCCUGAGUACAACCAAGAGAAAAUACCUGAGGAAAAGGUCAUGAGAUCUGGUGAUUUCUUUGUAUUGAAAGAUAACCCCAAUAUUCGCUUGAUUGCCCGAGCUCACAAGAUGAGUAAAACUAGGGGAAAUGUCAUCAAUCCUGAUGAUGUUGUUUUGGAGUAUGGUGCAGAUUCUCUAUGCUUAUAUGAAAUGUUUAUGGGUCCAUUAAGAGACUCGAAAACAUGGAAUACAAGUGGUAUUGAAGGCGUUCACCGUUUCCUAGCAAGAUCUUGGAGAUUGAUUGUUAGUUCAACCUCGCCCACUGGUUCAUAUCCUGAUGGAACUUCCAUAGUUGAUGAGAAACCUUCAAUUGAACAACUUCCUUCUUUACACAGAUGCAUUGAUAAGGUAAAUGAAGAAAUUGAAGGAACUCGGUUCAACACUGGAAUUUCUGCGAUGAUGGAAAUUAUUAACGCAGCAUAUAAGGCUGAUGCUGCAUAUUUAAAAGAGAGCACUGUAGUCCUUCCAGUCCAAAUAAAUGGAAAGACGAGAGGUACUAUACAGGUUGAAGAAACAUGCACAGAAGAGGAGGCCUUUAGAUUACCUUCACUUGAUACAAAACUAUCCAAAUUUUUGGAUGGGAAAUCUAUUAGGAAGAGAAUUUACGUCCAAGGAAAAAUUCUGAACAUUGUCAUAGAUGCACAGAAAAAGGUUAAAGUAGCUCAAGAAUAGCUGAUACAAUGCCUGGAAUCCCUAUACGUUAUGUUGUUUCAUAAGCGUUGAUGGAUUAACAACUGUGGAGUUGCAAGCAGCGAUGGUUUCUGUACCAUAAUUCAUUUGUUGUACCAUUAUUGAACACCAAAUGGGACCAUUAUUGUUAGAGGACAAUAAGCUCCCGAGCAAUGGAAGUGGAACAGGCUCCGUUGUAUAGUAGAAGAGAGAAAGAGGGGUCUGCGGAAUUGCUUAAUCUAUUAGUUUGUGUUACUUAUGUUCGUUGUUGUACCAUUGUAUUUGAAUACGCUGUUGUUGUAUUUAUAUAUUAAGGUUUCAUCACAGAAACAUCAUAAGUCACAGCUUCAGUGAA